GUUCUAUUUACUUUUACAGGGAAAAAAAACAAUAUAUUCAAUUUUUAAAUUAAUAUCAAUUGCACUGCAAUGGCUGCAGUUACUCUCAGCCAAUGUUUUAUAUUACAAAUCGCACUAUAAAAUUAUUAAUACUGAUAUAUAAUAUUGUUAUUUUUUUUUAACUUCAUCAUAAAAUUAAAUAGUAGGUAACUAAAUAUUUUAUAUUGCAAAAUCACCUUGGAUCAUCCAAGGCUGUAUUGUGUUUUAUUUCUAAUUUGUAUGUAAUUUUAUAUACAUUUAUAUAAUAGAAACAAAAUAGUUAGCAUCUUAUUAAGUUAGUUAAAUUAGUUUAUAUUUAUUUUGUUUUAUAGAUUUUUGUACCUAAUAAUGGAAGAACGACGUGUUGUCGAUUAUUUUGUAGUAGUUGGCGCAUCAGAUGAACAAUCCCAAGAUGAUACAAAUUCUACUCAUUUAAAGCAAAGUUUAUGUUCUGAUUUACCACCAAUUACUGAUUUAGCCAUAGUGUUUCCUACACUAGGUGAAAAGGUACCACCUGGUUAUACUCUUAUAGAAACUACUCCUACUGGUAAGUGUAUAAUUCAUAAUCUAAAAAAGAUUAACUGUGAUGUUUUAUAAAUUCUAGGCUUAGUGGCAGAUUUAAACCAUGGAAGUUUAAGAAGUCCAGAAGUAUUCUUAUGUUACCAACGUGGACGAGAUAAACCUCCUAUUGUUGAUAUUGGGUAAAUAAUAUAUGCUUAUUAUUAAAAUAAAUAAACAUUAUCACCGAUGACUAUAAUUUAAUAUUCAUAUUUCUAUUAGUUCUAUUGAAUCUACAGUUUUUUUUUUAUUAUCUUUGGUUAGUUGUAAAUUCAAUUAUUUGGAAAUAAUACAGUUGUUUGAAAAAUAAUGUAGAUAUCUUAAUAUUAUCUUUUUAAAAGAAAUUUAAAUUAUUUGAGAUAAAACAAAACAUUUAAACUAUUUUAUAUAAAUUCAUAAUAUGAGAUCAUCUUUUUUUUUUUAUUGAUCAAUAUAGAUACUAAUUUUAAAACUAAUUAUUUUAUUAAUUGUUUACAAUAUUUGGGAUAUUUCAAAUUGAAAUUUUAGAUGUAUAGAUUUGUAAUUACCCCGCCCACAUAUAAUAGUUUGUAUUUAUCAUCUGUACAUAGGCUGGAUUCUUUUAAAUUAUGAUAUCUUUACUAAAUACAAAUUAUUUAAUUUAUAUAUAUGUAUAAAAUCCAAAUACCACUAAUUCACUGAUCAUUGUAUCUUUAAAACUACUCAACGCACGCACUUAAAAUUUGGAAUAGUGGUUCCUCUAAUACUUUCACAGUGCAAUAAGAAAGGGUUUUUGAAAAUACAACUCUUAAGGUAGUAAAAUAGGGGUUUUUAUGUAUAUUUGGUAUGAAAAUCUAAUUGUUUAUUUAUUUAUUUUUGUUUAUCCAAGAGUUACCUUGGUGUUAUGGAAAAUAAAACUAUUAUAACUAUUAUUAUUAUUAUUAUUAUUAUUACUAUUAUUUGCACUAUUAAAAUUUCACAAUAGAACAUAUUUAGUCCGUCGAAGGUGGAUUACCCACUUUUCACUUAUUUGUUUUCAUUCAAUUCUAACAUGACCAAAACCAAAAAUUUAUAUGGGUAUUAAAUAAUAAAAAUUGGCUCAGGCAAUGCCGGGUGCGGGACAGCUAAUAUUCUAUAAUUUUAAAAGUAAAAAUAAUUUUGUUUCUAUGACUAAGUAGAAAUAAAAAGUAUUACAUAAUGAAAUUUUUUCUAAAAUAUUAUUUAUUGUGUUAAUUAUUCUAAUAUAUUUAAUAAAGGGAUUAUUAAUAUUAAAGACAAAUAGUUUUAUUUGUAGUAUUUAUUGUUAAUUUAUUUGCUGUUUUUUAGGUUAGUUCAUUGAAUUUUAUAAAAGAUUACACUAGAAAUUAUUCUAAUAUAAAUAGUGCAAUACAAUAUGUGUAAUAAAAUAGUAACAUGAAAAAAAGUGUAAACAAUUGUUCAAUAAAUUAAUAAUUAAUUAUCCUUAUGAGAUCUGCCUAUUUAAAAUUAUUUUAUUAUUAAUAUAUAUCUAAAAAUAAUUAAGACAAUUUUCUUUCAGUAUUAUGUAUGAUGGCAAAGAUAGAGUGUUACAUGAUGCUCAAGUCUUAAAAACUAGUGUUAGUGGUGAAGUAGCAAAUAUUAAUAACUCCACAUCAUCACAUACAUUUAUAACUUAUCGCAGAGCAUCACAUACUGCACCGUGUAACAUUUUAGCAGUAUCACAUGUAUGUGUAGUCAUAACCAGCCGAGGGGAAACGCCACCACAUGCAUUUUGCCUUAUACAUAAAAAUCUCAAUAAAGGAAUGGUUGGUUCAGAUGUUUACUUAUGCUACAAAAAAUCUGUAAUGAAGCCUAAGUCUAUUACCUAUAAACCAGGUAAAUUAUUAUAACCAUUAUAAAACUAUAAUAUACUUUUUUUAUUUAAUUAAAAAAAAAAAAAAAACAAUAUGAUAAGUCCAUAAUUAUAUUUAAUAGUUAUUACGGAUCGAUAUCCUAAAUCAGAUAGAAACUACUUUCAUCUUCUACCUUCAGUAGCUUUAUUCUGUUUACCAAUGGGUGCAACACUUGAAGCAUGGCCUGUUCAAGCAUGCCAGCCAGAUCCUAUAUUUUCUACAUUUGUUUUAACUGUUAGUGAUGCCUCAGAAAAAGUAAAUAUUAACAUAACAAAUUUAAAUUGUUUCUGAAAUACAAUUGUAUUCAUUGAUUAUUUUAUUUAUAUUUAUAUAUAAUCAGGUUUAUGGUGCAGCAAUUACAUUUUAUGAAAAGUAUAAUGGAAACCUUUCAAAAGAACAACAAAAAUUAUUAGGGUUGACAGAUUCAAAUGAGUUGAAAAAAGAAAUUAGUUUGCAUACUAAUAAAAGUGUGUGUGUAUUAUCACACUGGCCUUUUUUUGAUACUUUUGAAAAAUUCUUAAUGUUUUUAUUAAAUUCUUCACUCAGUGAUCAAAUAUCUAUCCCUAUUGAAAGGUAUAUUACUCAUUUAGUAGAUGAAGUACCAUUCCCUUCACCAGAAAGACCACAAAUUCUCGUACAAUUAUCUAUGGAUACUCAACUUAUAUUAACUCAACCAGAAGAUCUGCCAAUUCCUAGGAGGUAAAAUUUAAUUAUUUGGCGUUAUAUAAUAUUUAUUAUAUGUUUAUAUAAUUAUGUUACAUUAUAGUGGUGCUGGUUUUCAUCAAAUGAUAAUGAAUUUACAACCCGAUAAUUGUCUUUUGUUACUUUUAUGUGCUUUAACGGAACAGAAACUUCUUAUUCAUUCGUUAAGACCUGAUGUACUUACAGCAGUAGCAGAAGCAGUCUCCACUGUAAAUAAAUUUAAUUUACAUAUUUUAUAUACAUUAAUUUAAAUUGUGUUUUAUAUUUUAACAAAAAGUUGGAAAUCAGUAUCUGUUUUUUAAAAGAACUUAUAGAUUGUCCAAAUGUAAAUACAUUGUUUUUUUUUUUUAAAACUAUUUUAUUACAGCUUAUAUUUCCAUUUAAAUGGCAGUGUCCAUAUAUUCCAUUAUGUCCACUUAGUUUGGCUGAAGUUUUACAUGCCCCAUUACCAUUUUUGAUUGGAGUUGAUUCAAGAUUUUUUGAUUUAUAUGAACCACCAACUGAUGUAACCUGUGUUGAUCUAGAUACUAAUACUGUAACUCUGUAGGUAUAAUUUUUUAAUUAAAAAAAUUAAUAAUAAUUAAAUGUUAAUGCAAUUUUUAUAUAUUUAUUUUUUAAUGAAUGCUAUGUAGUUGUGAAGAUAAAAAACAUUUAACAGCAAAAUUGCUUCCUAAAAAAUCAACAAGAACUUUAAAGAAUUCUUUAGAAAAACUGUAUAAAAAACUGGACGAUCUUCAAAGAACAUAUAAAGCAACAAGUAACAAAAAUAUUCAAGAAACUAAUAUCGAUAGAGAUUUUUUAAUGAAAAGAAAAGAGGUAAUUUAAUGUAUUAUUUAAUAUGUUUUAAAUACACAAAGAAACUUGUUUAUGACACUCCUUAAUAGUAAAUACAAUUUCCAUAAUGGACCAUUUAGGAUAAGUUUUAGCUUUUAAUUAAUAAUUAAUAUUUAUAUAGAAAUUUAAGAUAAUAAUCUGUAGAUUCUUAUAACUAUAUACUAAAAUACUUCAAUCAAUUUCAGAUUAUGAUGUUCUGUAUAGUUACUUAUAUUUUUAUUACUUAGACCUUAUUACUGACUUUUUUUAUUGAAUUUAUAAUAUUUAUUGACAGCUUAAGUUCUAAAUAUGCUUUGUCACUUAUAUUAAAUUAUAAUGUUAGAUCUUAUAAUAAUAUGUUAUAUAAAAUUUAUUUGUAGCAUGAAUUAGAAUUAGAAAUCCAAGAAGCUUUUCUACGUUUCAUGGGAUCUAUAUUAAAAGGUUAUCGAUGGUUUUUAAGACCUAUCACUAAAGCACCUACUGUUGGAGCUACAGAUACAAGUUCAUUAUUUGAUUUGCAAGGUAAUAAGUUGAUUGAUGAUAAGUUUUUGAAAUAAAUAUCACAAAAACUAUACUGUUUCAUAUUAUAAUGACAACAAAAAUAAUUACAUAUAUUAGUAUUAUUUAUUAUUUAUUAUUUAUUAUUAUAAAAAAAUGAAAAGUACAGAUUAUAAAAUAUAUUAUUUUAAUUAAUUUUUAAUUGUUUUGUUAUUGUAUUUAAGGUUUUUUAAAAUCUAGAGAAAAAACGAAUUUAAAAUUUUACUCCCUUUUAACCAAAACUCAAAUGUUCAUAAGAUUUAUUGAAGAACGAUCAUUUGUUUCUAAUAUGGAUGCUGCUUUAGAAUUUUUUGAUGAAUGUUCAGAAAAAGUAUAAUUUAAAUAUAUUUAUUUUUAUUACAAUGAUUGUAUAUUUCUUAUUAUUUUAUUCCAGAUUGAUUUAGAAAAUUAUGAUACAAAGCUAAUAGAACUUGACUCGUGUGGUGAAAGUGAACGAACUGUAUUCAUAAUGCCUCCAGAAACAACUGAUUUACCAAAUGAUUCUAUGUAUUCGUAUAAGGUAAAAUAUGAUGUUUAUUAAAUUUUAAAUAAUAUUAAUACUAUAGUUAAUAUUUUUAUAUAUUUUUAGAAUGGAUUUAUGCUAAACUCUGAACUUUUGAAAUGUAAAGAGUCAACUAAUUAUUUGAAUAUUAAAAAUGAUGAUCAUCUACCUAUCCCGGGUAGUCCUAUGGCUAGACGUACUAAACAUGAAGUUAAAUCGGCACAAAAACUUGCACGCAAAUAUUCUACAUCUCCUGAUCUUUGGGCUAAAUUUUUACUAGGAACUUGUUAUAGGUAAAGUUAAAAAAUAAUUUAAAUGUUAUUAAAAAUUAGAAGUUUUAGUAUUUGUAGAAGUAGUAUGUAAAGCAAGAGGUUCUCAACCAGGGUACUGUGAAAUUAUUAAAAAAAAAAUGAUUUUAUGAAAUAUAUAGCGUGUGUGUUUAAAUUGUAUAAUGUAUUAUAUAAAACCUAAAGUGUUAUAUUUAAUCUGUGAUAAUAAUGUAAUGUUCAAACUGUUAAUUUUUUUUAUUGGUAUGUUUGCUAUAGCCUCAGCGCAGAUUAUUAUAAAAAUACUACUCUACCACUCAUUACAACUUAACUGAAUACCUGUGAUUUAUAUAAUAUUAUAUUAUAAGAAACAAUUAAAUUUAUUUUUCACAAAAUAUAAUAUGUGUUCAUAAUAUGUUUGGUUACUUGUAUACCUAGCUAAAGAAAACCAAAGUUAUAAAAAUAAGUAUAAAUAUAUGAUAUAUUACAUUAGGGUGCCAUGAUUCAAAAAAGGUGGGGAACCUCUGAUGGAAAGUAAUAUAUAUUUUAAGAUCUUAGGUUUAUUAUCAUUUGAUGUUCAGAAAUAUUAAAGUAAAUAUUUUAUAGAUAUUAUUUCAGUUAAAGUUUAAUUUAAAUUAUAAUGUAAAUAGUUUAUUAAUUUUAAGGAAAUUCCUAAUUAAAACAUAUUUAUGUUUUUAAUUUGUUUUUAGUUUGUGGUUUAUUCAUUUACCAAGUCAUAUUCUUCAAUCAGAAGACCGUGCUACAUCUACUCUACGUUCAGCAUAUGAAUUAUUAAAUAAGUUUCAAAAAUCUGGUUUUCAUCUUUUAACUGAUGAGGUCAGUUUUAAGUAUUUCCUAUAUUAUAUUCAAUUAUAUGAAAACUGAUGUCAUAAUUUAAAACUAACAAACUAUGUAUUUGGAUACAAAUUAAUUGUAUUUAAUAAUAAUAUUAUGUUCUUAACAUGAUUAAAUUGUAACAUUAUGUUUUCAUAUUUUAUAAUUAUUUUUAUAACUAGUAUACACAGAUAUUGUUUUUCAAAUUUUAUGAUUCAUUAAAUUUAAAAAUAAUGAUAAUAAUUCAACUUAAUUGUUAUACAUUACAGAGGCUUUGUCUUAACUUGCUUUAAUGUAAAUAAUAAUUUUUUAUUUAUGUGUAUUUAACAAAAUUGCAUCUAUAAAUAAUAACUUAUCACUUAUCGUUUACUAUUUUGCUAUUUUGCUUAGGUUUGCUACAGGGUUAUGAUGCAAUUAUGUGGAAUAUACAAUCAACCAAUGCUAGCUGUAAAGCUAUUGCUUGUAAUGAAACGUUGCGGUCUUCAUCCAAAUGCUAUAACUUAUGGUUUUUAUAAUAGAGCUCUAUUAGAGUCUACUUGGCCAUCUGAUUUAAGGACACCUAGUCAAUUACUUUGGAAAAAACUCAGGUAAUCUUAUCCAUACUAUUAAAAAUUAUACUAUAGAUACUUAAUAUGAAUUUAUAUUCUAAGUACAACCUUUAUCAUGUUUUUAAUUUAAAUAUAAAUAUGAUGCACGAGAGACAAAUUAAAUUAGAAUAUAUAGGUCUUAUUUCUUUUUUUUGAACUAUAACUACUAAUUUUUUAUAAAAGUGAACUAUUUUGUACAAUAUAUUUAUUUAUUUCAAAUAUAUUGGUAAUAAUAUAGUUUUAUUAAAAUUAUUAUGUGAACAAAAUUGUUUUAUUAUCUUAGAAUUAUGGGGGGGAAAAAAUACCAUGUCAAAUUAAAAUAAUUUUAAAUUUAUACAAACUCUAACUAUAAUUAUUUUAGAAAUGUGGUAUUAAGUGCUGCAUUAUUUAAAAAAGCUGGUGCCCAAAAUAGAAAACGGAGAAAUUCAGAUGAAGAUAAAACUUCUCAUACAUCCUUAGAGAGUUUGUCUACAACAGAAAAACACUCUUCAGUAUCAAAUAGUGAGUGUUAAAUUUAUAAAUAAUAUGAUUAUUUUUAGCUUAUUAUAUCAAACAACAAUUUAUAAAUUGACUAUUAUUUAAUUAAGGAAUAGGAUAUAUCAAAUAUAUAGUUAUUAUAAUAUGAUAUUAAGGGAAUUUGAAAGCUAACCUAUAUUUAAGGUGUUGGUUUUUGAACAAUUUUUAAGGAUUACUUAAUAAAAUAUAUAUUUAAAUGUUUUAUUACAAGUUAAUGAUUUUUAAAAUACAUGCCUACUAAAUACCUAUCUUUUUAAUAUUUCCAUAAAUAGUUAGUUUUAACUUAUAAUUAUAAUUUUUUAAGUUCAACCAAGUGUGAUGUGUAUUCAAUUCAGUAUAUUUUGUAUUUUACUUCAGAUACUUUUUAAAAUAUUUAUAAAUUUGAAGUAAUAUUGGAAACAUUUAACAUUUUAUUAAUUUUCAGCCCCUAGAAAAUUAUCUAUUAAUGUAGAAUCAAAUUUUGGAUUAAGAAGUCGCCCUACUAAUAUUGUCAAACAAAUAUCUUUAUCAACAGAAGAUGAUCAAUCUUGGAGUUCACAGCAAUGUAAGUACAAUAUACAAUUCUAUAUUAUAUUUAUAGUACUUAGUUAAAAGUAUACUACAAAGUUUAUAUAUUAUUACUAAAUAGUAUAUUUUAGUAAAACUUUUAUUUCAAAAACAUCUUAACAAUUUAUUUAAAACAAAUUAGAUUUAAUAUUUUGUUUGCAGUUGAAAGUAGUGCCGGACUUUUGAUGACAACUACUUGUUCAAGACCAAGUUCAGCUUGUUCAAAACAAAAUAGUGAUUCAAUGUCUAUUGAAAGUGAAUCCGAUUUAAAAAGGUACUUAUUAAUUAUUUUAUAACUUCUCUCCCUUAAUUGUCACUAGUAUAAUCAAAAUAUAUUAUAUAUAUAAUAUAUAAUUAUAAUAUAAUAUAUAUAUAUACAUUUUGUUUUAUUUAUUGUUAAAUAAUAUAAAUCAGGUAAUCAUUUUUAAAUUUAGUAGAUGUUAGAGUAGAAGUUUGAUAAUUUGAAUGAAUGGUAUUUAGAAGUGUAGUUUAAAGUAAAUUGUAUAUUCAGUUGUUAAAAUAAAAAAAAGUCAGGUUUGCUAUCAUUCAUUAAUUUAUUUGUUUAAUUCAAUAUAUUUUAUAAAUAAAACUAUGCAAUUUUAUUCAUUGUUAUUUUACAAAUGUACAGUUUAAUAUUUGUAUGAAUUCAUUAAAUAGAAUUAAAAAAAAUUUCUUAAAUACAAAAAACAUCUAUGGGGGCUUUUAAUAGAGAAGCAAGAUAUUUUACCUUUUUUUUUCAGAGGCCGUAGUGGGUCUCUAACAGACGAAGUUCGUCUUCAAAUAUCACCAAGACGACACCAUCAUUAUCAUAGUACACUACACAAUUCAUCUAAUGACACAUCAACUGAACUACUGAAAUUAUUAAAACGGUAAAUAAUUAACAUUCAGUAUUAAAAUUCUUGAUUGAUUAUUUACAAUUAAAUUUAGCUAAUGUACACUAUACACUAUACAAUAUUUAUUAUAUUGUAUAAUUUGUAUAAAUAUUUGUAAAUAUGUAUAUGUAUAUGUAUAUUUUUUAGUUCAAAAAGUUUUGGCAAUGAUGCUCAAAUUCUGAAAAAUCUUAAUGAUCUUAAAUACCAGACAGAAUUUAGAAAAUCAAAUGGUAUAUCAAAGAAGCUUGUAUUUGAUGGUUCGAAGUCUUUUGAUUUUUCAUUAGAAAAUCUAAAUGAAGAAAAUACUUCUAGUAGAUUUGCUGAAGCAGCUCAACGUACUCCAGUAUUUGAAAACGAUCCUUUAGGUGCUUUUCAAGAAACUUUAGAACCUACCCCGAAUACAUCUGUCACUGUUCCACGAGUACGGUCUGGCAUUGAGCUCGAUCGUAGUGGAUCGCCUGUUUUAUUUCGUGAAUGGGGUAAUGGUAAUAUGCACCGUAGUGCUACUUACAGUGAGGAUGUAGGUAAUGUUGAAAAACAUAUACAAAGAUCAUCCACUAUGCCAGUCCGUGGUGCUACUGAAACAGAUUUUCAACAGAGUCCAAUAAAGUCUGCUUUAGGAUCUGCAUUUAAAAUUCCCUUUUCGUAAGUAAAAAUUUAUUGAUAUAAAAAUAUAGUAAAAGCAUUGAUUUUAUAAUAGAUGUUAUAUUAUAAAAUCAGUGAUAUAAGGUAGUUUUCAAUAUUAAUAAAACUAAAUAUAAAUAUUAUAUAUAUUGUAUAGUAAUUAAUAUCAUAUAUAGGUAUCUAAAAAAAAAACUUAGUACCUAUAUAUUUUAAACUAGCAUUUUAUGUAUUUCAAAUCUAAAAAAUCAUUACAAUUUAUUAUGUACUUAUUCUUAUUAUCAUAGUUUGAUUUAAGUACCAUUCAAUAAAAAUCUAUCCUAUAAUAUAAUAUAAGCAAUAAUUGUUGGUUUAUUUUUAAAAUUUGUACAUUUUAUUUUAAAAUUCAGGUAUGGGAUUUACCCUUUUUAUUGUGUCAUACAGCCAUACAGGCUAAAGCGAACAUAUAUUGUAGAAUAAUAAAUAACAUUUAAAGUAUAAAUGUAUUUAGAUAGAUAAAUAAAUUAGUAAAAUUAAGGUAACAUCAUGGUAAUACACGUGUUAAAUCAUAUUUAGUUGUUUAAAUGUUUCUUGUCCACAUUCUUGCCACUCUAUUGAAUUCGGUAUAACUGCUAAUGUCUUAGGAUAAGACUCUUAAAGGAUGUGUAGCCCUGGAAGUUCAGUUGGUAUUCCACAAUUUGUUCAAUGUUGCACUAUUAUCUUAUUGAGUUGUCUUGUAAAAUACUCAAAUCUUUUAGAUUGUCUUUUGAUUUGCCUACUCUCACUCUAAACCUAUUAAAGGAUCUCUGAGUUGGUCAGUCAAUGUUGUAUCUUGAUUGAAGAGAUUGCAUUGGUUUGAUCUCUAACUUGUUGUCUUAGGAGAUAGAUAAAUUCUAUUUUUUUCUACAUAUUUCUUUGCAGGGCUUUUCCUGGGGUUUUGUCAUUUUUAAAAAUCUUCUUGGGCCUUAGUUGAGAAUUAUAUUAAAAUUUGUCUGUGCCAUGGAUGUCAUGUUUUUUCAACUUUCUUUGUCCACUUUGACUUUUCUGUAGAUGUGAAAUGAUCCCACUUUGGUAAGUGGAAUGUUCUUAUGAAAGCCUGUUAUUAUUUGGCUAUAGAAUUGUUCAAUGUGAUAUCUACCUAUUUUUAUGAACAGAUCUACACCACAUGAAACUGGUGUAUUCAUCAAUAGGGAACAGUUUGAUACAGCAGAUAUUCAUAAUAAAUGGGAAUUUGCCAUCGCCCUUUCAUAUAGAGUAUAUGAGUUCAUGCAGUUUGUCAUUCCUUGUAUGUAUUUUUCAUUUUUUUUUUUUUAAGUUCGGUCCAUGAUGAUGCUUAGUUAUUAAGGAUAUAUGGAGUUGAAUGCACAGACUUGUAUUAUGAUUGGAUUAAGUUUGAAAGAGUUUUUGAUGUAAUAAUCAGAAGUAACCUUAACAGAUUCCUCUAAUACAUUUUUAGUAUUUUAAAAAUUAACACUUUGGACUAACAAGUUUUCAUACUGUUCUGCAUACAUUUGUAACUAUUUUGAUCAUUUUAGAGUUAUCUGGGAAAUGUUUUAUUUAACAGCCUUUAGAGAUGUAUUAUCUUGCAUUGAGUUUUAUGGUUUCUGCGAUACUAUUAUGUACUAAGAUGUGAUCUUGGUUGCUAGUUGCUACCAGAUGUGAUAUCUUUGAAUCUAGUUUCACCGAAAAGCCCAACCUAUGAGCUUUUGGAAGUUUAACUUCUUACGAAAUAGUGUUACAUUAGAUCAAAUUUUUACUUAGUUUCACAUGAGUUAGAUCUGUGUAGUUAACGAAGUAUAUAACAAGAUUUAAAUACUAGUUUAGACUGUCGUUUUAAUGGGUUCACUUAUAAAGAAAAAGUAUUGAUUAUAGCUUCUCUUCCAGCUUCCAUUAUUAAAAUUGUAGGUGAUCGUUUUAACAGAAUCCAUUUUUCAAUAUUAGAUAGUUAGUAUACCUAAUCAUGCAAGAUGUCUAUAAAUAUUUUAUAUUAUACUUAGGACAUAUGCAAUGUUUUCAACAUUUCAUAAUUCUAUUAAUACAUGUAUUUUUAUGAAAUUUAUUUUACUUCCACUAGAAGAACAUGUAGCUAUUAUAAUAGUAUAAUGCCUAGGUUAGUAGCCUAUCUGAAUAUUGAUAAUCUCGAUAUUACUUAACACAGGGUAGUCCAACUCACAUGCAGCCCUCAAAGCAUUUCCCCCUAGAAAACUUUCUGAAAGAAAAUUUGACUAAUUAGGUACUUUUGGAACGUUAUUUUUCAAUUUUCCCAAAGUUUUCCCAGCAAACAUGAAAAACCAGGAUAAAACAUGGGAAAAAGGCAGGAAAACUGAGAAAAUCGGUAAAACAUUAAACAAAUGUCAUUAAAGAAAAUAUAUAAAGCCUAUUUAGUUAUUUUACUAUAAGAUGAUAUAUAUAUUGUUGACAAAGUAUCACUAUCAACUGAACUCUGCUGAACAAAAAUAAUGCUUUUGUAAACAAAGGUUUAUCGUCGCUUACAGGUAUACAUUAAAUUACCUAUAACAGUGACUGCAUCCAUCCCCAUUAUUCUAGGACAUCUUCUUUUCUUUUUGCGGUGUUUUUAUGAACUACGCCAACUACGAAAGAUUGGACCACCCUGACUUAACAUAAUACAUAAUUGUAUAAUAAUACAAUUAAUUUAUUCCAUUAAAAUGGUAAAAAUGUCUAUACAAAUUUGUUAAUAUUGAAGACUUCAAAUAUUAGGUAUUUAUUUUUCAUUUAAUUGAAAAAUGUUUCCUUUUUUAUACUUUUUAUGAAAAGUAUUUGGUAUUUUAGUUAAGAAAUAUAAAUUACCUAAUAUAUCUCUGUAACUACAUUUAUAUUAAAUGUCAUUAUAUUAUAAUUUUAGAUUUUUAGCAAUGUAAGAUCUGAGGGGUGAGUUUUACAAUGCUUCUUUAAAAUUGUUUUUUCCUAACCAUUUUAGACAGUAAAAAUAAUUUAGUUUCAUGUAACCUUAUUUAUAGAUUUUAAUUGUUUAUAAUACUUUUAAUAAAUUAAUUUUUUUCUCAGUAUUUUAACAAAUGUUAAAAAAGAAAUUUAACUAAAGUCCUAUGUUUGGGUGGAUACUGUAUGCAACUUUGUUUAAAAUCUUAACUUCAAUUCAACUAUAGUCAUCAAAUUAAAAUUAUUACUAUGUUUUUGGGCUGAAUGUAGAAAGAUAUUAUCUAAUGUGCCAACAUCUAGUUGCCUUCUAUAAUUUUUCAUAUAAAUUAUUGCUCUUUUAUAAUUAUACAUUUUUAUAGUUUUUUUAUCAAUUUUUAUGUAUAAAUUUGAGAUUGAUAAAUCCGAUUGAAACAAUAAUUGAAUAAGUAGAUACUUAAUUACUGUAAUUAUUUAUUUAAAAUCAUUUAAAUAUAGUAGAUUUUAAAAGUGUUUAUACAAUGUAAUUAUGGAUAUAGCCAUAAUUAAGGUAGGUAAUAAAUAUGCAUAAUCAAAAAAAAAAAAAAAUACCAAUUAUUUUACUUGUAUUUUGUUGUUUUUUUUUUUGCUUUUAUAUAAUCAAUGAUGAAUUUAUUUUCUGUUUUGAUGCGUAAAUUGAAUUAACUGUAUAAAAAAAAAAAAAAAUUUAAGCUUAAACAUAAUUUAUACAUCUAUUUAUUACACUAUAUAUUUAUCUAUUUCAUUGAUUAAAUAUAUAUUUCUAUUAUUAUUAAAUCAAUGACUAUAGUAAAAUAGCAAUGUUUUCUUCCGACAUACUUAGCCGUUUCUAAAAGUUUUUAUGAAACACAAUUUUAGAUUCUGAGUGGAGCGAAGAAGCUUAUAAUUUUACAAAGAUGUUUACUUUUUUUUUUAUAUCUGCCACUUUUUUACUAGAAGACUUGUUUGGAUUUCUACGUGUAGCACCUUUUCUAAAAGGAAAUCAAUGUGAGAAGGUACUUUAGGAAGAUCAUUAUUUAAUUUUUCCUAGAAAAUAUGAAAACCUUGGAUAAAACAUGGCAAAACAGAGAAAAUCAUAGGAAAACUGGAAAAUUGGUAUAACAUUAAACAAAAUAUAUAAAGCUCAUUUAAUUAUUUUAUUACAAAAUUGUAUAUUUAUAUAUUGUUGACAAAGCAUCACUAUCAGCUGAACUCUGCUCAGAAUCUGUUUUUUCGAAAGCAAUUGUUUAUCGUCGCUUACAGAUAUAUAUUAAAUUUUAUGUGUUAUUUCCAAUGUUUGAAGAACUUUAUCAAUAGUAGAAAAAUAACACUAUUAUCUUCAACAACUCGAUACAAUAACUUAUGUUCCUAUUUCAACAUGUAAUGUAAAUCUCCCAGUUUUAAAUGUUUUAAACAUUCAAAUUAUGAUUUACCAUCUGCGGUGUACAGAAUCACACGCUUGCUAUGGUGUAUAUGUUAUAAGUAAAAUGUAAAAUAUAUUGUUUAAUAUAAUGGCUAAUAUACAAUGUUCCACAAAAAUUCGACAAAUGCAAUAGUUAGUAAAGCCUAGCAAUAUUAUUUUGUUUAUCUGGUCUAUAGGAUAAUUUAAAUUGUUUUCAUUGCUUCUAAUAAAUAAUAUUAAGUGAUUCCCCAAUUUGUCAAUGAAAAAUAAUAAUUUUGUUAAUGAUUUUUGUAAAUUUCAAAAAAUUGUUGAUACUUAAUGAAUCUUUAGUACAUAUUGUAUCGCCACAAUUUUGUUACAAAAUAUAUGGAUUAAAUGGUCAUCUUGGAGUUUGAAAAAAAAUAUAUAUAUAUAAAAUAAAGGAACCACAGCCCUAGGUUUUUAUAUUAAUAUUGAACAGAAUAAAAUAUAUGCUAAUAAAUUAUUAUAUUUAUCUAAGUGGAAUAUCCUGUAUAGAAGUUUAGGUUUUAAAAUACUUAAAUUUAUUCUUCAAUCAUUAUAAGAUACUGGGCAUAUCGAGGAAUGUAUGGUUUUUUUUAUGUUGUAAGCAAUUAUUUUUUUCCCUUGUCUUUUAAACAAUUUACCAGAAAUCUCGCUUCAAAAAGAUAUUUUUUUGUUGUAUUUUGGAUCUAGUGGGUUUAUUAAAAAGGUAACUUUUUGAUUGUCUUAGUGAUUUUUAUAAUAAUUGGGAAAAACUGAAAUCGAUUAUAUAGGAAAAACUGACAAAUAUUUACAAAUUUAACAUUUUAAUUUUUUCAGUUUUUGUUAGACAUGUUUGAGUUUUUGACUUGCAUUGUAUAGGUAAUUUAAUAGUAUUUUAAUGCUACCAUUCAAUGUUUUUUUUUUAUUGCAGUUAUUAAUUGUGGCCAGUAUUUAUGUUUGGUUAUUUAAAAUUAUUGUUAUUAUUAUUAUUUAAUAAAUUUAAUUAUUUGUAUUUAUUAUUUACUUUUAGACUGUAGAAUACUUUUUGCAUAGUAGUUUUAGUUUUUUUUUCCAUUUACAGUCAAUAUACUCCAACUAAAUUCUCAUUACCACGUAAGUCUGACUUCCGUAAGGGUACCAACAUUAUUGAAAAUGCAAUCACAAAUCUCAGGUAAAGUAUUGUUUAAUAUUCAUAAUUUAUAAUUUUAAGAUACUAAAAUAGAUACUACUGUAUUGUUUUUAGUUUAGAAUAGCAUUAGAUGUAUUACACUCAUAUUUUAUGUAUACAAAUUAUUUAUUAUGUAUUGUUUUUUAAUGAUAUAUAUAUGCAAACAAAAUAUGUAAUAUGUUUAAAAAUUUUUAUCUAUUUUGAAUAUUAUUUCACUUAUAAUAAUUUUUACUAAAUGCAUCCAAAUAAUUUGUUUUCAGUUCAUCAAGUUUUUCUGGAAAAAAGUCAAAUGAACUUCUAAUGGGAGGACUAACUAGUUUUGCAAAUACAAUGGUAAAAAAAUUUGAUGAAAUCAAAGAAGCAAUAUCUACAAAUAAUACACCUGUAAAAGACUAUGUUCAGUAAGUGAAUAUUUUAAUACUAGUUAUUAAGUUUAGUUUUAACUGCUUUAGAAAACUUUAAAUAACUACCAUUACGGAGUAACAAUUUAUUAUGGUUUAUAAUGUUUAUAUUAAUUACCAAUUCCAAAAUAUUAAUGAUAUUUUGAUUAAAUUAUUUUAACAUGGUUGCCACCACACCUGGAAAACGGGGAAAAUCUUAUAAAGUCAGGGGAUUUUAUAUUGGUCCGGGAUAGUCAGUGAUUUUUUUCUGAAAUUCAAAAAAAGAAAUAAUUUCUUAACUAUUUAUGCCAUUUAUGGUUUCAAGAAUCAUGGCAUAUCAAAAAUUAAACUAGAUAUUGACUUUGAUAAUAUUUAAUGACAAUAUUGAUAGUUUAAUAUAAAACUUUCAAUAUUGAUAUUCAGAAAUGUCAAGUGUUUACAGUAUAUAUUAUUAUCAGAUUAAUACCACUGAAUAAAUAAUUCAAUAUGUUCUUUUUUUGAAAUAGUCAAUAUACCUGGUAAUUAAAUAUAUUUUUUUUUAUACAUUUAGUUAAAGGAUUUUAUUUUGUGUUAAGGUAUUUACUUAUUUGUACCAAGUUUUAGAUUAUGAGUGGAGUGAAGAAGCUUAUGGUUUUACAAAAAUGUUUAUUUUUUUUUCCUGUGGACAACUUUUCUAAAUUUUAACUUAUAUUGAGAUUUAAUUUUAAUAAUGGGUAUGGAAAAUAAAAUAAAAUAACCUGGAAAACAUGGAAAAGUCAGGGAAUUUGUCAAUUUGAAAAUUGUGGCAACCAUGUUUAAUCAAGUACAUAAUUUCGUUAGAUAUUUUAUUUAUUGUUUAAUUUACUUGAUCUAUUUAAUUGACAUUCAGGUGUCAAAAAGAAGAAGAAAAUUGUUUUGGAGAAGACAAUGAACAGUUCAAUGAACCCAGUGUUAGACGUAAAAUAUCUAGUGAAAUAUCUUCUCUUGCUGUUGCUCAACAUUUAGAUUCGUGGAGUUCAAAUUUAAUUGAACUUUUCACUGAAGGGAACAGAAAAAGUAGUUCUACAAAUAUGAAUUCUGGUUAAUUUUUUAAUGACCUACUUUAAAAUUGAUUAUUCGUAUUUUAUUUUAAUUGUAUAUUUUUUACAUGAAAAAAUUAGGCUGUGCAACAAUGGAUUCAUCACAAUUAAGUUUGUUUCAAGAAAAACUUUACAGUCGUUCUAGUCGUACACCAGAUUUAAUUGCUUUAGAAAUCAUUAUAACUUCUUGUUCAAAAUGUCACAAUUGUGGAUGUUUACUAUUUGAUGAAGAAAUAAUGUCUGGUUGGGUUCCAGAUGAUUCAAAUUUAAAUACAAAGUAAACAAUAAAAUAAUCAAUCUUUAAUGUUUAACAUUUUUAAAAUUUGGUUUUAUUUUUUUAUAACAGAUGUAGACUAUGCAUCAAAGAAGUAGUACCAUUUUUGACCGUUGAUGUUAUUGAUUAUCGAUCAAAAAGCAGCAAUAUAACAGAAGAAACUGAUUUUCAUAAUAAUCAUGAAAAUUUUGAUAUAUUAAUGGAACAGAAAAAAAAAGGUACAUUUAUUGUUAUAAUGUAUUGAAACUAUAAUUCUAUUAAUCUAACAUCUAUUUUGAUGUAAACAUUAUUUCUAUCAUUAAAAUGAAUCAUAUAAAAAAUAUGGUAGUACUGGUAAAUGUAUUAAAACACAAAAACUAUUAAAAGUAAUAAAUAUGAAGAAAAACUUGGCAUAGAAUAUGAUAAUUGAUUGUAUUUAUUUAUGACUGGUAAUGAUUUUAAAAAUCAUCAUCGGGUGGUUAAGACAUUAUUAAUGUGGGUUGCAUCAAUUAUGCUUUAAUUUCAUGAAAAAAUCUAACACCUCGUUAAAAAUCUUAUUGAUUUUACUAAAUUAUUUUGUACUUGUUUAUAAUUUAAUAUUUCUUAAUUAUGUAUAAUUAAUUUUUAGAAGUAACAAAUAAUGAAUACAAAGCUGAUACAAUUACAGUUCCUUACUUGAAUCCUCUUGUAUUACGUAAAGAACUAGAAUCUAUUCUAGUUGCUGAAGGUGAUAUUUCAUUAACUAACUCCAAAUUUGUUGAUGAACAUCCUAUAAUUUAUUGGAAUCUUGUAAGUAAUGAAACAAUCAUUCAAAUUUGUUUAUUUUAUUUUGUUUGAUUGAAUUUUAUUUUAAAGGUUUGGGUGUUUGAAAGAAUAGCAGUACCAUCACAUAUUUCUGGUUUAUGUUUGUAUGCAAAUUGUAUACUGGGGGAUCGAAAUAUUAUUGAUUUUCAUAAUAUUUGGUCAACAUGCGAUUCUUCCAAUGUAUUAAUAACUACUUUGUGGGAUAAUCCAAAACUCUAUGAUGAUUUAGGUUUCCCAAUGUAUGCAUUCUGGUCUGAAGAAGAAUCUAAAGAAAGUUGUUUAAUAAGUGCUUUGGUUACUGAUCGCAAUAAUGUACCUAAAAAGUAAGAUCUAAUUAUAAAUAUUUUUAUUGUGAAUAUUUAAUUUAGAAUGUUCUAUUCUAAUUUGUAUUAAUAAAUUAAAUACAUUUGCAUUGUAUUUUUUAUUAUGAUUGAGUAACCAUUAAUUAUUUUAUUUUAGUGUAAUGAACAAAAUAAUAUCAAACAUUCGACAUAAUAAUCUAACUGAUCCACUUAAAAAAUUAGCUAUUGAAAGAAACAAAUUGCGAGGAAAUGAAAAGUCAUUUGUUCAUAGCCAUUCAUUAUACAGGGAUAUUCUAUUUUUAACAAUUACAGCCAUUGGUCGUGAAAACAUUGAUAUAAGUUAGUAUAAAAUUAAUUAUUUUAAUUUUACUCUUUUGGAAAAUAAUAUACAAACAAUGUCAAUUUUAAAUACAAGACAUUUUAAUAUUAAAAAAAAAACAGACAUACUACGCACAAUUAAUAGGCUACUUUUGUAGAUGAAGUAGGUUAGGAAGGUAGAAUAUAGAAAUGAAUUUAAUAUGUAUCUGUAUGUAACUAUUACUAACAAAAAAUGAUUCUGAGUAAAGUUCAGUUAUACAUAUUUUGAAAGACCGUAAUAAUAUUUUAAAUUCUCGGCAAAAUUUUAUAUUAAAUUUAUAGAAAAAAAUUUACAUUAUUCAAUUUUUUUUUUUUACCUCAAAAUACGAUAUAAUGAAUCUCCUGUUAAAUUAUUUAAGCAUUUCUAUUGAGUUUAACAAUUAUAUCCAUAGAGUACCUACUAAAUAAAAAUUAACUUAAUAAACUCAGCAAAACCAAAAUGCCUCAAAUGUUUUGAAAAUUGUACCACUCCUAGAAUAGGCGAGUAUAAGUUUUCAGCCAAAAUUUCAAAUCUACAAACAUUUUUAACUAAAUUACAACAAAAAACAAAAUUGAAAAUCAAAAAAUAAUCUCCUUAAAGUACCAACAAUAUAAAUUUUCUUUCAGGUAAGGUGCUAUACUUGAAAAUUAGAGCAAGAUUUCUGGUAGAAAUUCUGUUUACAGUAUAAAAAAAUAAACAUCUAUAUAAAACCACACUUUGCUCAGAAUCUAAAAAAUCCAUUUCUCAUUAUAUUAUAACACCCAAAAAAUAAUUAUUUUUUUAUUUCUAUCAAUUUCCUAGAAUUUUAAUUUUUUUUUUUUGGUAAAUGGUGGUAUCUUCUACUCAUGGUUAAAAUGGAAAGGGGCCACUGGGAAAGCCAAGAUAAAGAUGAGUAGACAGAAUUAGGAGUGACCUGCAAAUGCUAGGCGUAAUAAAUAACGAUGAAUUAGCUAAUGACAGAAAACAUGAAUAGAUGUGGUGAUUGCAGCAAUGGGCCUAAAUGUCUUAUACUAAGCCAAAAAAAUUAAAUAUACUCAUGGUCAAUAAAUGUACUGUUUUUGUUUCUAAAAUAAUAUUUGUUAUUUUAGGUGCUUUUGAUCAAGAGUAUUUUAUAGCUUUUGAAACUGUUUCGGAAAGCGAUUCUAAGUUAUUAUUGAAAUGUGAUUGUCCUUUAUCAAUCGGAAGUCAAUAUUGCCGUCAUCUUUUUAAGGAACUCGAGCUUUCAAAUUACAAAUGAUAAUUUAACUACUUUACAUAAAAAAAAAUUAUAUAAUCUUUGUAUUAUUAAUAUAUUUAUCAUCAAUUUAUGUUAUCUGCUCAUAUAAAAUUAUUGAAGUUUGUAAUAACAUAUGUAGUAUUCUACAAUUCUAUUAUAAAUAGUCAGUUAUUUAUUGACUUAAUAAUAUUGUUAGUUUUUGAAUUAUUUGUUAAUAACUUAUAUCAUGUUUUUAAAUAUGUAAACAUGAUACCAUUUUUUUUUUACAAUAUGUAUAUAAUUAUUCUAUGUUAAAUGUUACAAUUUGUAUGUAACAAUAAAGUAAC